AUGAUCAUUUUAGUUGGUUCAUCGGCUUCUGACUACGGUUCAUACCAUCACAUUCAUCAUCCAACAAAAAUGACUUCAUCGACAGCUUCUAGUGGUACGCAUAGUUCGGGAAGUCAACUGUCCAGUCCUCCUAGCACGAACAAGAAACCAUAUCAACAAUCUGGACGCGUUUCUGCCCUACAUGUCACUCCCUCACCAAGCGAUUCGGGUAUUGUUGACUAUGAGACUCUAAUUCGUGACAAGGAAAAUGAACUUCGAGUCGUACGUAACACUAUGGAACAAAAUGAAGAAAUUAUCGUAAAAGUGUAUCAGGAAAAAGAAAGAGCUUGGAAGGAAGAAUUAGAACAUUUGCGUUCUCGUCUAAGUGCAUCUGAAAAAGGAGAAAAUGCACUACGAGCGCAACUCGCUGGUUGCCAAAAACAGACAGACAACAUGAGUCGAACAAUUGACGGACUUCGAGAUGAGAAGACUGGCCUGCUUAGAAAGGUUUGA